AUGAACCUCCAUUUGAUCUGGUGGAGAAUCACUUUCUUUGUUCUCCUUCUACUAAUUCCCUCGUUUGCUCUAAACUCAGAUGGGAUCCUACUGCUUUCCUUCAAAUACUCAAUCCUAAGCGACCCACUGUCAGUCUUGCAGAGCUGGAACUACUACGACGAAACACCGUGUGCAUGGACUGGAGUCACCUGCACCGAAAUAGGAAACCCGGCCACGCCGGAUUUGUUCAGGGUCACCAGCUUAGCCCUCCCCAACAGCCAGCUUCUGGGUUCGAUCGUCGCCGACAUCGGCAUGAUCCAAUACCUUCGCCACCUCGAUCUCUCCGGAAAUUUCUUCAAUGGGUCUCUACCCAAUUCAAUCUUCAAUGCCUCUGAGCUUCAGGUGAUUUCCCUUUCAAACAAUGUUAUCUCUGGCGAGCUACCAGCUGAGCUUAUAGGUGGGUUAAGAAGCUUACAGUUGCUAAAUCUUUCUGAAAAUGCCUUGGCCGGGAAUAUACCUCAAAAUCUCACUGCUUUGCAGAACCUGACUGUUGUUUCUUUGAGGAGUAACUACUUUUCUGGCAGUGUUCCAAACGGGUUUAACUCGGUUGAAGUGUUAGAUCUGUCUUCGAAUCUGCUCAACGGGUCUUUGCCUGUUGGUUUUGGUGGAGAGAGUUUGCGCUACUUGAACCUCUCUUACAAUAAGAUUUCGGGAAAAAUACCACCAGAGUUUUCAAAACGAAUACCAAAAAAUACUACAAUCGAUCUCUCAUUCAACAACCUAACCGGAUCUAUUCCGGAGUCUCUAGCUUUGCUCGACCAGAAAAACGAGUUCUUUUCCGGGAAUGCGGAUCUAUGUGGCAAACCCUUGAAGAACCAAUGCUCGAUUCCUUCCACUUUGUCUACGCCUCCCAAUGGCACCUCCACGUCUUCUCCAGCAAUUGCGGCCAUACCCGAAACCAUUGACUCAAUCCCAGUAACAGGCUCACCCGGCGCACCAAAUGGGACUGAUCAGAACUCGGCACAAGGUGGUCUAAAGUCCGGGACCAUAGCCGGAAUAGCUAUCGGAGACUUGGCCGGUAUAAGCCUCCUUGCGAUGGUUAUUUUCUACGUCUACCAUCUGAGAAAGGGGAACAAUAUUCUUAAACCAAAAAAUGCCGGAACAGAGACAGAAAAGAAAGUAGAAGUAAGCAUCAAACAAGACACAAUUCACAGAAAGCCCGUGGCUUGGUCCUGCUUAGGCGAAGAGGCUUCAGAGGCAACUAGUUCUGAUGGUGACCACGAUAACGAACUCGAAGUUGCAAUUAGUAUCCAUCCAAACGGGGACGAUCAUCAGAAAGGUCAGCUUGUGACGGUAGACGGAGAGACAAAGCUGGAGCUGGAGACUUUGCUGAAGGCGUCGGCGUAUAUACUUGGAGCCAGCGGGGCGAGCAUUGUGUACAAAGCAGUGCUCGAGGAUGGGACUGCGCUGGCAGUGAGGAGGAUAGGAGAGAGCGGGGUUGAGAGGAUGAGGGACUUUGAGAACCAGGUCAGGGCCAUAGCUAAGCUGCGCCACCCCAACUUGGUUCGCGUUCGUGGGUUCUACUGGGGAGACGAUGAGAAGCUCGUUAUCUACGACUUUGUCUCCAAUGGCAGCCUUGCUAGCGCCAGUUACAGAAAAGCAGGCUCAUCACCAAGUCAUCUACCUCUUGAGGUCCGGUUCAAGUUAGCAAGAGGAGUGGCCCGAGGACUGGCCUACAUCCACGAGAAGAAACACGUACAUGGCAACAUUAAACCCAGCAACAUACUCUUAAACUCUGACAUGGAGCCUAUCAUCGGCGACUUUGGUCUGGAACGCCUCGUCUUGGGCAGCACCAGCCACAAAGUGAGCAGCUCGGCCCGGUUUUUGGGAAGCCAAAGACCCACACCAGGACCCACGCGCGACGGCAUACAACACGACCUCACAAAUAGUACUGGUGCCAGUCCCUACGCACCGGCUGUAGGCUCGUCGGUGGGAAGUAGUGUAUCGUCGCCCUAUCAAGCGCCCGAGUCCCUGAGGAACCUGAAGCCCAACCCCAAGUGGGACGUGUACUCGUUUGGGAUAGUUUUGCUUGAACUUCUAACGGGGAGAGUACUUUCAGACGGGGAACUGAGUCAAUGGACCACCGGCUCAGUGGCAGAUGAGAAAAACCGGGUUUUGAGAAUGGCUGAUGCGUCAAUCAGAAGUGAAGUAGUGGAAGGCAGGGAGGAUGCCAUGCUGGCAUGCUUGAAAUUAGGAUUUAGCUGUGCCUCUUUUGCUCCACAUAAGAGACCCUCCAUGAAAGAAGCUCUCCAAGUCCUGGAGAGGACCCCAUGCACUUCAUGCUAAUUAAUGAUGAGUUUGGGUCCCACUAAUGAUGGAUGGAUUCUUUGGUUUCCCUUUUUUUUUUUUUUUUUUUUUUUUUUUUUCAUCUUUUGUCGUCUUGAAUGCUGCAUAAAGAGCUAACAGAUGCGAGGGAAGUGCUGAAUGUUUGACUGAUUAUUUUAUAUGUAUAAGAAGUGAUUAUAGCA